AUGGACUUGGUUCUUUCGGACCCUACUGUUACUGUAGACUUCUUGUUGGAUAGACUAAGGAGUACAUUUGAAGGUGUGAAGGCAAGUAUUUCUACUAUUUAUAACUUUCUCACCAAGGUAUGCAAGUUUAGUCUCAAGAGACUUUCCAAAUGGGCCAUGAGACGGGAUCUGCCAGAAUUAAAACAACAGAGACUCGAGUGGGCACUUGAGAAUAAGGUUAAAAUUGACCUUGAAAAGAAUUGUGUUUUCAUCGACGAGGCUGGUUUCAACAUCAGCAUGGGAUGGGAAUACGGAUUGUCAAAGGUAGGUGAAAAGGCUGUCCUUAAAGUUCCAGUCACCAGAGGUCUCAAUCUGUCAUUCUUGGGUGCCAUCUCUCCAAAAGGGUGUAUUGACUUGAAGGUGCGACUCCAAGCCGAGCUAAUCAUUUCUACUCAUUUCUAA